AGGAGCAGUUAUUUUAAAAUUGGUAGGAUGUAUAAAUAAAAAAUCUAGUUUGGCGCCAAUUUGGGAACGACCAGCCCAUACCCUCAAAUUUACCACUCCCUCUCUUCAACUUCACUACUUUCGUCCCCAAAAAAACUCCCCAAAUUUUUCUUCACCUAAAACCCUAAAUCUUAAACAUUCAUCAAUGGCGGAAACAAUCUCUCUCAUGGACGUCGACGAACCCGACAACGACACCAUUUCCAAACCUAUCAUCAAACCUAACAAAGGCAAAAAUGUCGUCGUUCCCGGCGACGGAAAAUCCGGCCUUUGGGUUGAAAAGUACCGACCUCAGUCUCUCGCCGACGUUGCGGCACAUCGUGACAUUAUCGAUACAAUUGACAGGUUGACAAGUGAGAAUAAAUUGCCGCAUCUACUACUUUAUGGGCCUCCAGGAACAGGGAAAACGUCGACAAUUUUGGCGGUUGCUAGGAAGUUGUAUGGGAAUCAGUUCCAUAACAUGAUUCUUGAGCUUAAUGCUUCCGAUGAGCGCGGUAUUGAUGUUGUUCGUCAGCGAAUUCAGGAUUUUGCCAGCACCCAAAGUUUCUCCUUUGGUUCAAAGGCACAUGUGAAAUUAGUUUUACUGGACGAAGCCGAUGCAAUGACAAAGGAUGCACAAUUUGCUUUACGUCGAGUGAUCGAGAAAUACACAAAAAGCACGAGAUUUGCGUUAAUCUGUAACAACGUAAACAAGGUCAUUUCUGCACUCCAGUCAAGAUGCACACGCUUCCGGUUUGCUCCUCUUGAUUCUAUUCAUGUCAAUGAGCGGCUUAAACACGUCAUAGAGGCUGAAGGGCUUGAUGUAACGGAGUCGGGCUUAGCUGCACUUGUGCGAUUGAGUACUGGGGAUAUGCGAAAGGCUUUGAACAUUUUGCAGUCAACACACAUGGCAUCACCGCAAAUAACAGAAGAAGCAGUUUACCUGUGCACUGGAAAUCCUUUGCCGAAGGAUAUUGAACAAAUAUCAUUUUGGCUUCUCAAUGAGACUUUUGCUACUAGCUUCAGCCGAAUUUCUGAAAUUAAGACCAGAAAAGGAUUAGCUUUGGUGGACAUCAUAAGAGAAGUAACAAUGUUUGUUUUUAGAAUCAAAAUGCCGGCAGAUGUUCGAGUUCAGCUGAUUAAUGAUAUGGCUGAUAUAGAGUAUAGACUAAGUUUUGGAUGUAGCGAUAAAUUGCAGCUUGGAUCUCUCAUCGCCUCAUUCACAAAAGCUCGUUCUGCAUUGGUUGCGGCUGCAAAGUAGAUUUUCCCUACGAAGUGAUUGAGAUGCUUGCCUUUUUCUGCCUAAGUAUGUGCAUUGUACUUGCUUGUCAAAGCUAUCUGACCUGCUUUGUAGUUGGUUUCAUUUUGGCCCCAGAUUUGGUUCAAGAUUCCAUGUGUAACAUGUAAUUUGAACCUUAACCUUCCACCCUCCAAAACAAAUAUGUAAAGGAGAGCUGAGAGGGACAUGUAAAGGCACCUCUUCAAGGGUCAGAAUGUAUUUUGUCCAUUUCGUUGUCCACCUGAGUAAAUUGUUGUGGCUUCAAGUUUGUAAGUUGAAGAAAUACUAGCCAAGAAAUGUAACAGCAAAGUUUUAGAAAAUCUCUAUGAUCAGUGCAGGCAACUUCUCGAA